AUGGGGAGGCCAUUUUGCCUUCAGUUCAACUUGCAUUGCGACGGAGUGUCUGAAGUCGCGGCUGUCGGACUCGCUGGGAGGAACCUGCACAGGAUACUGCUGCUUGACGAGCUACGUGAUGGUCAAGCCAAACGGCAGCAGCGGCUGGCCCUCAAAGAAAAAGAAGAAAAGGAAAAAGAAACACAAAAAGAAGCUGCUGCUGCUGCUGCUGCUGCAGCUCCUGCCGCUGCAGCAGCAGCCGCAGGAGCUGCUGCAGAAGCAGCAGAAGAAACGGCAGAAAAAACGGAGAAGGAAGCAGCAGGAGCAGCAGCAGGAGCAGCUGCAGCAGGUGAAACGCAGCAGCAGGCGCGGAAAGAGCAGCAAAAAGCCAAAGCCCCAGCAAAUAAAAGCAGCAGCAGCAACAGCAAAAGAAUCAAAAAAGAAAAAGCGAAAAAAAAGGAAGAUCCAAAAAAUGCAAUGAAAGACAACAGCGAACAGACACAGCCACCAGCAGCAGCAGCAGCAGCAGCAACUGACACGGGAAAGAAAAAGACAAAGGAAAAAGCACAAGGAAAAACGAGGCCUAAAAAGGAGACAAAAAAGGCAGCAGCAGCAGCAACGACAGCAGCAGCAACAGCAGCAGAAGCAGCAGCAGAAACAGCAGAAGGCAAAAGCGAAGCAAGGGCGCAAACGGAGACAGAGGCUGAGACAACGGCGGCAGCUGCAGCAGCAGCAGCAGCAGCAGAAGCAGCAGCAGCAGCUGAAGCGCAGGGCAAAUUAGAAGCAAAAGAAAUAACGGGAGCAGCAGCAGCAGCAGAAGAGAAAGCAGAAGCAACAGCAGCAGCAGAAAAAAAAACGGGAGCAGCAGCAGCAGAAGAAAAGGGAGAAGAACCAGCAGCAGCAGAAGCAAAAGCAGCGACAGCAGCAGCAAAAAAGGAAAAAACAGAAACAACAACAGCAGCAGCAGAAGAAAAGGCAGAACCAGCAGCAGCAGCAGCAGAAGAAAAAGCAGCAGCAGCUGCAGCAAAGGAAGAACAAACAGAGGCAACAGCAGCAGCAGUCGAAGGAGAAGCGGAAGCAAAACCAGCUCUAGACGAAAACGAAGCAGCAGCAGCAGCAGCAGCAGCAACUGCAGCAAGUGCAACAACGGAAGCAACCGCAGCAAAGGGAACAGCAGACAAAGGCACAACUGCAGCUGCAGCAACAGCAGCAGCAGCAGCAGAUAACGGAGAAGCAGCCACAGAGACAGCAACCGCCAAAAGCACAACAAAAACAACAGCAGCAGCAGCAGCGGCAACAGCAGCAGCAGCAGCAGUAAUUGCAACAGAACCGUGGACAAAUGAAUCAGAAAAAGGGGAAAAAGAAAAAAUGAAAAAUGAAAAAGAUCCGAAAAAAAUAAAAAUGGAUUCAAAGAAGCAAAACGAAGACAACAGCGAAAAGGGAACUGCAGCAGCAGCAACAGCAGCAGCAGCGGCAGCAGCAAAAAAGAAAAAAGCAAAAUCUGAGGGGUAA